AUGGUGGUUACAUCUAUUCGUCUUCUUCCUUCUUCUCUCACUUCUCUCCUUCAACCUCGUUCUCCAUAUUCAUGGCGUUGGCGUUCUCCUUCUUCCGUCUCAUUUCCACUCUCUCCCAUCCACUCAGUUUCUUCCAAUGGAGUUGGUGAUGUUGAAUUGCCUGUUGAUCAAUCACAAGUUAUUUUCAUUGGGACUGGAACUAGUGAAGGGAUUCCAAGAGUUAGCUGCUUGACUAAUCCUUCAAAUAAAUGUCCGGUCUGUUUAAAAGCUUCUAAACCGGGUGAUAAGAAUAGGAGACUUAACACAAGCAUCCUCAUUCGCCACCCAAACUCCACAGGAACGCAUAAUAUUCUUAUAGAUGCUGGAAAGUUUUUCUAUCACAGCGCUCUCAAGUGGUUCCCUGAAUUUGGGAUAAGAACACUUGAUGCAGUUAUUAUUACUCAUUCUCAUGCUGAUGCAAUUGGAGGUCUUGAUGAUCUUAGAGACUGGACUAACAAUGUUCAGCCUUCUAUUCCAAUUUAUGUUGCCAAUCGUGACUUUGAGGUUAUGAAGAAGACCCAUUAUUACUUAGUAGAUACAAGCGUAAUCACACCUGGUGCUGCAGUCUCAGCGUUGCAAUUCAAAAGUAUAUCUGAAGAACCAUUUUUUGUUCAUGGAUUGAAGUUUAUCCCACUACCAGUGUGGCACGGUCAAGGUUAUCGGUCCCUUGGUUUUCGUUUUGGUAAUAUAUGUUACAUAAGUGAUGUCAGUGAAAUUCCCGAAGAAACUUAUCCACUUUUGAAGGACUGUGAACUUCUAAUCAUGGAUGCUUUGAGGCCUGAUCGCUCUUCAGCUACACAUUUUGGACUUCCAAGGGCCUUAGAGGAAGUGCGAAAAAUUCAACCCAAAAGGACACUUUUUACUGGAAUGAUGCAUCUGAUGGAUCAUGAAGAAGUGAAUGGCUACCUUACAAAAUUAUUGGAGUCUGAGGGCCUUGAUGCACAACUGAGUUAUGACGGGCUUUGUAUACCAGUCAGGCUCUAA